GAAUUUUCCGAUUUUGGAACUCUAAUUUCUCAAUCUUUGAAUCGAUUCUGAGUCGAAUAACCGAAUUUUCCCACUGAUUUCAUAAAGAUGAUGAGCCAGAGCCAACUACCGGUUCGGAAGGCCGACGUGGAGUCGGGAACAAGCCGAGAUCUGUAUCCGAUGAUGUUGGAGUCGCCGGAACUCCGGUGGUCGUUUAUUCGGAAAGUAUACUCCAUCGUCGCCAUACAAUUACUCCUCACCGUCGCCGUUGGUGCCGUUGUCGUCUCUUAUCGUCCCAUCGUCACUUUCUUAACAACUACCACAGGUGGAUUGGCUUGUUACAUUCUUCUAAUCAUCACUCCAUUCAUCACCUUAUGCCCGUUGUAUUACUAUCAUCAGCGUCAUCCAAUCAACUAUUUUCUUCUCGCGAUCUUCACUGCGUCUCUUGCUUUUGCAGUCGGUUUGACAUGCGCAUUCACUAAAGGGAAGGUGAUCCUCGAGGCGGCUAUUUUAACCGCCGUGGUGGUUGUGAGUCUCACUUUGUUCACAUUUUGGGCCGCAAGGAGAGGCUAUGACUUCAAUUUCUUGGGGCCGUUCUUGUUUGGUGCCCUUAUGGUUCUUUUCGUCUUUUCCCUCAUCCAGCUAUUCUUUCCUCUGGGUAAGACCUCGACAAUGAUAUACGGGUGUUUAGGAGCCAUAAUCUUCUGUGGGUACAUCGUCUACGAUACUGAUAACCUGAUCAAACGCUAUACAUAUGACGAGUACAUUUGGGCUGCAAUAUCUUUAUAUCUCGAUAUCCUCAACCUAUUCAUGUCGUUGCUUACCAUCUUAACUGGGGCCGAUGAUUAGAAGUAUGAUCGUCAGGUGGUUGUUAAUAUUGAUUUGCACGAACAAUUACAGUUUUGAUGGAGUCUGUGGAUAAAUGCAAUAGGAAUUGGUAAAUAUUGGUUGAUGUUGUUGAUGGGUAAUUUCCUGUCUUUUAAACGGUAGCUAUUUGUUUAACGUUGAAAGAGUCCCUUUCUUUUCGAGAAAUGGUUUUUACGAGGCUAAAUACUUGCGAGCGUCCUCGUGAAAUCGAAGGAAUUGAAGAUAAAAGAAGAGUUCGUAUGCCAGAAGAAAGUAUUGACAUGUGAUUAGAUAGAUAUUCAUUAGCUAUAUAUACCAGAUGCUAUGUACCUGCCUUGUUGUUGAAUCUAAAUAAUAAAAGUUGCAUGUUUUUAGCCCAUUUAAGUCGAGGAUCCCGUUCCGUCUUGCUCGCCCGCUUUAUCGUCUUGCCG